AUGUCAUUCCUCUUUCCCAUCGCUCUCACGUUAAUCAUGGCUUGGGUUCGCUAUAACGCGACGGAAGGCCAGUCCAUCGCGAAUGAGGUGGGAAUGAAGGGUCCGGUGCUGUUCGCUCCGGGACUCGCAGCGAUGUUUGAGUUCGGAAUUGUUUUCCUCGAGAAUUGCGACGAAAACCACUUAAGAGUUACGAUUCGGUCGAAAAACGACGAUUUCGUGCGUUUAGUGAAACGCCGUUUCGCCGACGAUAUGGCGACCAAACCGUCGGCCGACGACAUCACAUACGAGGGCGGCUUUUCUCGCGUCCAAAUAGCGCUCAACGAACUCUUCGUCGACCGAAAGGCCAGAGCGGCGGGAAGUGAGCGCGCGUUGAAAGUGAGUCGAGUGACGCCUCAACGCAUCCCUUAUCCCAAAUAUCUGGACAUCUCUUCCACCGUAGUUAGCGGUUUGUGUUUCGGCGAUAAUCACGUGACUGUGUCUUUAGGAGCGGUGAGUGGUGUGCAAAUGGCGGGAAUGAUGAUAAUCACGGGUUAUGUCAUCAUUUGUCCGCUGAUUGUGAAGAGAAUUACCGACGAAAAAGUGGCCAAAGCCAAGGAAAUGCUGCGAAUGAUGGGAAUGUCUGAUUGGGUGUUUUGGGGCUCGCAUUUCAUCAACUUUUUCACCGUAAUGUUCGCGCAAAGCAUUGUCAGCGCUCUUCUCUAUGUCUACGGUUUCGGGCGUUUGCCUUACGUCUUGUAUUCCAACGGCUUUAUCUUCUUUUUCGCUUUGCUUCUGUUCAACGUGUCGUCAAUCCUGUCCUCAAUGCUGUUGACCACAGUCUUCAAUCGGCCCAUCAUUGCGGUCGUGGUCUCUGUGCUGCUCUUCAUGCUCUCGCAAUCGGUUCCCAUGAACCUCUUGGACCCCACGUUCAACCCCAACAUCGACAUCGACGCCACCCAUCCGUGGCGAGUGAUCACGUGUCUGCUGCCCAACUCGGCGAUGGCCUGGAUCUUCGCGCUGAUAAACAAAUGCGAGAGCAAUGGCUACGGAGUCCAAUGGGACACUCUUUGGCAAGAAGUUCCCAACUUUGGACAUUUGAGUGUCGGUUUCGUGAUGACCAUGCAAUUCGCGUCCAUUUUCUUUUACGCGUUCCUCAUCUGGUAUGUGGACAAUGUGUGGCCGUUUCAGUUCGGAAUUCCGAAACCCGUUUAUUACCCUUUUCUCGCCUCUUAUUGGUUCCCGAAUAAGAGCUCUUCGGAAGAGGAAUGGAAAGACGCGAACGAAGACCCGAAACACUUUGAAAAAGAGCCGCAAACGGGAAAAGUGGGAAUUCGUUGCAAUCAUUUGCGGAAAGUGUUCAACAAAAAAGUGGCCGUAAAUGACGUCUCGCUGAACAUAAUGAGAGGACAGAUCACUGUUCUCUUGGGACACAACGGCGCGGGAAAGACGACCACAAUGAACAUGAUUACCGGCAUAUUCCCGCCCACUCACGGCAGCGCUUUCAUCGACGGCUACAACAUCCGGACGGAGACGAAGAGCGCGCGAAGAAGUAUGGCUUUGUGUCCACAGGACAACAUUGUUUACAACGAGCUCUCGGUGUUUGAACACUUGAAACUCUACGCCGUUCUCAAAGACCACGCGAUGGAAGACGUGGAGCGAGAAGUGACGGCAACGAUGGAAGUGAUUUCGUUGGCCGACAAGAGGGACGCGUUGGCCGCACAACUGUCGGGCGGAAUGAAGCGGAAGCUGUGUCUGGGAGUGGCAAUGGUGGCCAACUCGCAGAUCCUCAUUCUGGACGAGCCGACGAGCGGAAUGGAUCCCGAGGCCAGACGCCAUAUUUGGGACGUUCUGCAGAACAUCCGUUCGGAGAGAACUAUUCUGUUGACCACUCAUUACAUGGAAGAGGCGGACCAAUUGGGCGACAGAAUCGCGAUAAUGAGUUCAGGGCUCGUGAAGUGUUGCGGAAGUCCGAUGUUCUUGAAGCGAGUGUUUGGCGCCGGAUAUCACGUGAGAAUCGCGAAGGACUCGAAAUUCGAUGCGAAAAGCGUUUUACAAGUGAUUCAAAAACACAUGAAAAGCGCGAAAAUAAAGUCCGAAAUCCAUUCGGAAAUCAUUUAUUCGUUGGAAAGCGAAGAAAGGAAAGAGAAUUCGAGCGCUUUUUUGGUCCAAUUGUUCACCGAAUUGGAGAACAGGAAAGCGGAGCUCAAUAUCAACACGUGUGGACUCACAGUGACCACAAUGGAAGACGUGUUCCUCAGAGUGGGCGCAGAGUUGGACGAGAAUUGCGACGAAAACCACGCUUUCGUCGAUCCGAAAGCUCUCCUAAUGAAUGAAAUGGAGAAAAACAUGGGAUUUUCGCUUUGGUUUCAGCACUUUUACGCCUUGUUGUUGAAGCGCUUUCAUUACGCGAAGAGGUAUUGGCCGAUGGUGUUGUUGCAAUCGGUGGUUCCCGGCAUUCUCUUCAUGUGCAUUCUUCUUCUGGAUCAGUCGAUUAAGAACAAUUUGGUGACAGAAACGCGAGAUUUGAAUUUGGAGCUCAAAAUGUACGAAAAGACGAAAGGAUUCGUGAAUCGAGAAAUUCCUUCGCUUUUCGCCUCUUAUGUUGAAACUGCGAAAUCGCGAGACGUUUUCAUCACUCCUAUUAACGAGAAUCCCAACGAUUGGACUCUCAGUGAUCAACGGCUGGACAACGAUAUCGGCAGAUAUUUGACCACUUUUCUGGUCGGCGCGCAAAUCAACGGAACCGAAGAGUCGCUUUCGUUGGUUCCGUGGUAUAACAAAGAAGGCGUGCAUUCGCUUCCCGUUUCCAUAAACCUGUUGUACGAAUCCAUUCUUCACCAACUGUUCCCGAAAGACAACCCCACGAUAGAGAUGCACAACCACCCGAUCGCCACCGAUCAGACCAACACCGCCAUAAUGAUGGUCAGAGUGACACUCAUUGUCUCGUGUUUGUUGCUCGUUCCGCUCACCGUUCCCUUAAUCGGCGCCUCUUACGUCCUGUUCCCGAUUCACGAGAGAGUUUCCAACUCAAAACUCUUGCAACUAAUGACUGGCAUCUCUUCGGCCACGUUUUGGGCCGCGAGUUUCUGCUUCGAUCUCUUCAACCAUUUCAUCGCUUCCGUCUUUUUGUUCGUCAUUUUCGCGAUCUUCGACUCAAACAAAGUGUUCAUCGGAACAGUGAGCAACGGUUUGGGACUCUUCCUCAUGUUCUUCCUGUUCGGCGUUGCGGCCAUUCCGUUGGCGUAUCUCUUUUCGCUGCGCCUCUCCCUCCCGUCCACGGGUUACGCCACUCUCGUCAUUAUUCUGCUGCUGACGGGUCUCGUUCUGGUGCUCACGUUCGGCAUUCUCGACCUGAUGCUGCUCUCGGGCUCUGACGUGAUGUCACGCGACACGUUGGACGCGCUGGUCAUGACUGCGCGCGUUUUGCCCGUCUUUUCCAUGAGUUUCGGGAUUCAAAAGCUCUAUAAAGUCGGUUCCUAUCAGAAGGCGUGUUUGGAUUCGGCGAAAGAAACGCUUCUCAAAGUCUGCAUUCCGACGCUCAGAACCGACGAUCCGUUUUACGGCUGUUGCGACAAACUGUGUCGUCACAGAGGAGAUGUUCUCUCCGCAGGCGUGGCCGUGGAGUUCCUUUUCCUGAUCGGUUCCGGAAUCUUCUUUCUUCUCAUUCUUUGGUUAAUUGAAGGAAAUUUCGAGAAAAUUCUUUACGCUUUCGAAAAAUAUCGAAAGAAACCCAAAAUUCAAAACAAUUCAACGAUUCUCGCGAUGAAUAACGAGAAUAUUGCUGAAGACCGUGACGUCAGCGACGAGAGGCGACGAGUCGUCGAUUUGACGAACAACUUCUCGCUCUUAACGAAAGACGCGAUUGUUGUGAAAGAGUUGAGCAAAAGUUUCGGAAAACUGAUUCCUUUUCGAGCCGUCAAUCAGUUGUCGUUUUCCGUCCGCAAAGAAGAGUGUUUCGGACUGUUGGGAGUGAACGGCGCGGGAAAGACCACAACCUUCCGCAUGUUGACGGGCGACGAGACGCUGUCGGCGGGAAACGCGUGGAUAAUCAGUUGUCAAGAGUGUUUCGGACUGUUGGGAGUGAACGGCGCGGGAAAGACCACAACCUUCCGCAUGUUGACGGGCGACGAGACGCUGUCGGCGGGAAACGCGUGGAUCGACGGCUUGUCUUUAAGACAGGAGUUGAAAGAGUUCCAGAAGAGAAUCGGCUAUUGUCCGCAAUUCGACGCUCUGUUGUCCAAAAUGACGGGAAAAGAGACGCUUUACAUGUUCUGUCGGUUGCGGGGAAUGAAAGAGCGCGCGAUUGGCAAUUAUGUGCGGGAUUUGGUGGAAAUGGUGGAUUUGCAACAACACGUGAACAAAUGCACGCAACAAUACAGCGGCGGCAACAAACGCAAACUCUCGCUCGCCAUCGCGUUGUGCGCCGCGCCGCCCGUCAUCUUCUUGGACGAGCCCACGUCGGGAGUGGACCCGUCGGCCAGGAGGAAGAUUUGGGCGACGCUGUCGUCUCUGCAGGAGAAGUACGGAUCGGCUUUCAUUCUGACGUCACACUCGAUGGAAGAGUGCGAGGCUCUGUGCGCGCGAGUGGCCAUCAUGGUCAACGGCCAGUUCCAGUGCUUGGGAUCGGUGCAGCACUUGCGGUCAAAGUUCGGACAGGGAUUCACAGUGAUGGCCAAACUGAAGCGCGAGUUCGCUGACGACCCGCAAUACAUGCGCGAAAUUCAACUGCGAUUUCACGAGCGGUUGCCGUCGGCGCUGCUGAAGGACGCGCACCAAUGUCUCCUCCAUUACCACAUCACCGACGCGUCCACCAAAUGGUCGCAAAUGUUCGCAAUUAUGGAACGAAUGAAAGCCGAGUUCUGUUUCGAGGAUUACGUCAUUUCCGAUACGACCUUCGAGCAGAUCUUCCUGUCGUUCGCGCGCAAACAGAGAUAG